AUGUUCCAGCGUGCCUCAGACUUCUACAAGAAGGUUGGCGCUGUCCUUGCCAACGAUGGAACCAGCUGGACGUUCAUUCCCCCUAGUGCGCCUCAUUACGGUGGUUUGUGGGAAGCAGGUGUCAAGUCCGUGAAGCAUCACUUGAAGAGAGUUGUUGGCGAGCAUACUCUCACUUUCGAGGAGUUUUCUACAGUUCUGGUAGAGAUCCAGGCCUGUCUCAACUCUCGUCCACUAGGUGCCUUGAGUGCUAACGUCAACGAUCUACGGGCGCUCACUCCCUCUCAUUUUCUCAAUGAAGGAGUCUCGGUCUUACUUCCGGAAGAUAAUUGUCGAAAGUUGCCAGAUAAUCGUUUGUCCAGAUUCCUGCUGCUUCAGCGCGUUCGAAACAACUUCUGGAAGCGUUGGUCCACGGAGUAUUUGCUUCAUUUACAAGAGCGAGAGAAGUGGAGGGACUCUAGCAAGAACUUUGCGGUAGGUCAGCUCGUCUUAGUCAAGGAUGAUCGGUAUCCUCUAUCCAAAUGGCCAUUGGGCAGGGUCCUUGAGGUGCACCCUGGCCCAGAUGGUUUGGUGCGAGUCGUUACCAUCAAGACGGCUACUUCUUCUCUCCGACGACAUGUUGCUCGGCUCUGUCCUUUAGCCUUGGACGAGAAGGUGAAGAAGGGCUCUGCAAACUCGGUUAGGGUCUGA